GAAAAAGUUCCAAAUAAUAUAAUUUGAUUUUACAGUUCAAGGAAUGGUGGGUUUACAUGCGCGUCUUUUUUGUGUUUUACUAUCAUUGGAUAUUCGUAUUUACGAAUGCAAAAAAAAUAUAAAAUGGUUGCAAACACAUCAGAUGAUAUGCCUGGAUCCAUAUACCAUGAGAAACAAGUGAAAGAACUUUGUGCAUUACAUGCAUUAAAUAAUUUAUUUCAAGAGAGAGGUUUCAACAAACAAAAAUUAGAUCAAAUUUGUUAUAGUUUAAGUCCAGAUGUAUGGAUUAAUCCACACAAAUCAUUGUUAGGACUUGGUAAUUAUGAUAUUAAUGUUAUUAUGGCAGCAUUACAGCAGAAAGGACGUGAAGCAGUAUGGUUUGACAAACGGAGAGAUCCUAAAUGUCUGUGUUUAGAUAAUAUUGAAGGUUUCAUAUUAAAUGUACCAACAAAAUAUAAAUUAGGAUUUGUAUUACUUCCUUUGAAAAGACGUCAUUGGAUUGCCCUGAAGAAAAUUCAUGGUGCCUUUUAUAAUCUUGAUUCAAAACUUGAUUCCCCACAGCUUAUAGGAAAGGAGAAUGAUUUACUUACAUACCUAAAGGACCAGAUAGACAGUAAAGAGAAGGAAUUGUUUCUGGUUGUGUCAAGAGAAAUAGAUAGCAGUCAAGGAUGGUUAAUAAAUACCUGUACAAAUAAAGAAAGUGUUAAUACUGAUCAUAAUUCAGUUACAUAUAUUGAGGAUAAUUGUACAGAUUUAACAAAAAUGGAAUCAAAAGAAUUGAAUGAAAAUGAAAAAUUUAUAGAUAACAAAAACUCUAGGUAAUUAAAGGUUCUAAGUCAACAACUCAAUGUUUCAGGCCAAAAUAAAUUUAAAAUUGAGAUGACAAUAGUUCAUUAAUAAACAAGUUUAGAAAAUUGAAAUAAAAAAAAGUUUACACAGUAUAUGAAUUUCUUUAAACAAGAAGAAAGAAAUAU